ACGACGUCGGAGAAGAUGGAGAGCUCAAGGAGGGUGCUCCUCCUGGUGGCGAUGGUCAUCGGCCUCGCGAGUGCCAGUUUCCGUGACAACUGCGACAUCAAGUGGAACCCCGAGAACGCGGCCUUCUCCGAAGACGGCCACGGCCUGACCAUGUCCCUAAAGAGCAACUCCUCUGGCUGCUUGCUGCAGACGAAGAAGCAGUUCAUCUACGGCAGCGUCUCCACCCUCAUCAAGCUCGUCCCGGGGAAUAUAUCUAUCCUAUCGUGGUUAACAUCUUCUGUGGGGGACGACCACGACGAGAUCGACUUCGAGUUCCUGGGGAACGAGACAGGGCAGCCCUACACGCUGCACACCAACGUGUUCGCCGACGGCGUGGGCAAGAAAGAGAUGCAGUUCGUACCCUGGUUCGACCCCACCGCCGACUUCCACGCCUACACCAUUUCCUGGACGCCCUGCAUGAUCGUCUGGUACGUCGACGACGUCCCCAUCCGGGUGUUCCGCAACUACCAGGACAAGGGCAUUGCGUACCCGACCAAGCGGCCCAUGUUCGGCUACUCCAGCAUCUGGUCGGCGGAGGACUGGGCCACGCAGGGCGGCCGCGUCAAAGCCGACUGGUCCAAGGCGCCCUUCGUCGCCGGCUACCGCGACAUGGUCCUCGACGUCUGCCCCUGCGACGGAAGCGACUCCUGCGUCUACGGCUGCGCCGGGGCAUUCAGCCAUGGCGGGCGGGAGCAGAACUGUGCUGGCCUCAGCGACCAGCAGCGGACCAAGAUGCUGGAGAAGCAGAGGUCUCACAGGAUCUACGACUACUGCGUCGACUAUAGGAACAACAAGAAGCCCGGCCCCGAGUGCAGCCUGCCGCAGUACUGAUCGACCCAUGCAUAUCCAGCUGCAGUCUGAUCGUGGUCGUGGCACGCACCAAGCGGCAAUGGUUGGCCGGCCGAUCUAUCUACCACGGCAUACACGACCCAUUGAUUCCAUUGGGACUUCAUUUAUUUAUUCUUUUGAUACAGAUAUUUUUGUGUUCUCAAGAUUUUUCAUUCUUGUUGCUCCACGGA